CGGAGCUUUGGAUUUCCAGCAUCUGCAGAAUUUCUCGUGCUUACAACCUUUAAGAUCGGCUAACGUAAGCUCAGCACUUUGCAUCUCUAAUUAUUAAUAGGCUGAAGACCGACACGACGUCACCCCCACCCCUCACCAGCGCCCCAUGUAGUUCAUCAAUCUUCAGAUUUAAUGUUAAUCGAAAACUCGCAGUGCUGGGCAAAGACUCAUCCAGACUCUUCACUGAGAGCAAGACGGAGCGGAGGCUGCUGCUCGCUUUCUUCGGGAAGUCAUGAAAAAUUCCGGUUCAAAAGUGAUAGCCGUCGCUAGGUCGCUCAGUACCCUGGGGAUAGUUUUUUCCCUGUUGACUUUCUGCACCAACUGCUGGCUGCUCGCGACCGAAACCUGUGCCCUGCCAAAAAAUGGCACAAAACCGGAGUUCAGGCAGGAAGCUCAAGUUGGGAUAAAACCGAAACCAACUCAAAGAUUAGAAAUAAAUAAAUUGCCAAAGAAUUCAUGGAAUCAAAGUGGACAUGGAGACCGAACUGAACGACACGUUCAACGGCGGAGUAUUGCAGAAACGAUGACAAAAAUUAAAUAUUUUCCUGGAAAGUACAGCUUCUACAACAAAGCAUCUGCGAAGACUUUUCACUAUGAGGGUUUCUUCUGGAGUUGUGCAAUGAGUGUACGACAUAUUGACGACAGUUUUUCAACAUAUGUAUUUUUUGAGCAUGCAAUUUCAAAAAGUUGUAUAGGAGCUUACCAUCUCCCUUUCCCAACAAGGCUGAACCGAAACAGCUCUGCUUAUGACUUUGCCAUCGGUUACCGCCAUUCCUGGAGUGCGCUGAUCGUGUUGUCUGUACUAACCAUUGGAAUCGGAUUUGGGCUCAUUGUUUAUGAAGGGUUCCAAGGGCAUGACUCUAUGUACAUACUAGGAGGGGGAUUUUUUCUUUUGGCUGGUAUUUCAUCCACAUUUUCCAUUGUUAUGUACAUCUAUUGGAUUCAAGCUCUUAUCGCUGUGAUGGGUCAGAUCAUUGAGCCAAGUAAAGUGUGCCCGUACCCGAUGGUUAAAGUUCAGUAUGGCUGGUCCUUCAUGGUGGCUCCUAUUAGUGCAUUCUUUUCCAUACUUGCAGGCUUACUUUUCUUUCAGGUUGGAUGCAUUGCUCAAAGGAAAAAAAAGAAUAUAUUGCAUUCCAUGCCAUUUGACAAGGUCGGUGAUGAUGAACUCUAAUUGCAUUUUCAUGUUGCAAUUUCCUUUUUCUCCAAUUUUUUUCCCCAUUUCUCCAGAGGUCACGUUCAGUAAAUACUUGCAGCCCUCUUGUCCCUCAUCCCUCUCACUAGUGUGUAUAAUUGAGUGUAAGGAAUUAAUGCUGAUGAAUGGUUCAUUUGGCCUCGUACAACAUCCAUAUAUGAGUGCCGUUCUGCAUUCUGUAUUGUAAUCAGAUUGCAGCACCUUGAUUUGUUUCCCUCUUUAAUAAGCCCAGGGCAUAGAAGUAAAUUGGAUUGUUUGUAUAGAUUUUUUUAGCUUGCACUAUGUUGACUGCUAGUCCUGUGAUCUCCUUAGUCUGAAUCAUUCAUGAUUAUAUAUUUCCUCUUGAACAACUAGAAACAACUUUGUAACUUUCAAACAUUUUUAAAGUGAAGCCUGUAUCCUAUAUUUGACUUUUUUAAUAUAUCUGAAGUUAAAUUAGUAGAAGGCAUUAACCACUACAACAGAUGUUCACAAGACACAAGGCUUCGUAGUUAAAGCAGAGAAAUGAAAAAUAUACUUAAUAGAAAUAAUCUCAUUCUGUAUUUAAUUGUGCUAGAUCUAAUCUGUGGUGCCUGGUAUUUACAAGGGCAUUCAGAAAAAUAUUGUUCUGUCCACACACACUUCCUUCUAGCAGAUACACAACUCAAAUGUCAUCAUCUCUAUUGAUAUUCAUUUGAAUAACAUCAUUCUAUUUUGAGCAUUUAGCAAGAUUCUGAAAAAUAUUGAUUAAUAUAGUGAGAAAAUUUAGUUCAAUCUUUUGUUGUCACCACUACUAGUGAAACUAGGAUAUCGAAAAUCUUUUAUCUUCGGAGUGAUUAGACUAUAAGAGACAGGAUCAGAAUUAGACAUUUUGGCCCUGACGACUAAGCAUUAAAAUUAAAAUUAAAAUUUAAGAAAAAAAUCUCAUCAAAUAAGUAAUAAAGUCCAAAACUGCUAUUGAUAUCUUUAAACUUUGCCAAUGUGGAUGUAAAAAUAUGUUCACCAAUCCAGUUAUCAGUGGGAAGCUGCAGUAUAUUUGAAAAGAGUUGGAGGUUUGGCGAAGUGAUUUUAUUCUCUGUUUUCUCUGAAACUAUUUGCAUAAUGAGUGACUCUAAUUUACUAUUAGAAAAAUAAUAUUCCAUUGGAGUAUUCUACAGUUUCCAUAUACUUUUCUAACAAUGACAGUAACUAAUUUAUCCAGCCUUGAUUUAUAAUCACAGCACAGAAACAGGGCUCUUGUCCAUGCCAACUGUGAUGCCUAGCCAUGCCAAUCCCAUUUGCUGGCAUUUUAGCCCUUAUGCUCCAUGCUUUUCCUAUCUAGCUAUCUGUUUCAAAUACUGAUCAUAAGACAAAAGACAUAGGUGCAGAAUUAAGCUAUUUGGCUCAUCGAGUCUUCUCCGCAAUUCCAUCAUGGCUGAUACUUUUAUUUUUCCCCUCCUCAGCCCCACUCCCCAGCCUUCUCCCUGAAACCUUUAAUGCUGUGGUCAAUCAAGAACCUAUCAAUUUCUGCCUUAAAUACACACAACAACCUGACCUCCACAGCUGCCUGUGGUAACAAAUUCCACAAACUCACCACCCUCUGGCUAAAGAAAUUUCUCCACCUCUCUGUUUUAAAUGGAUGCCCCUCCACCCCGAAUGCCCGUGAAGCUCUCUUUUUAAAUGAGCACUGCCGACCUGCAAGUCACCUCCUCACAGUGUGAUGCUCCGCUGACUGGGCCACUGGAAUGACUGAUUAAACACUGCAACUGCAUCUGCCUACAUCCGCUUCUCUGUCAGCUCUUUCCCCAUCACCACCACCCACUGAAUAAAGACCUUACCCCUCGCAGAGUUUAAAUUUAAAAUUUCUUUAUAUUUCUUCCUUCUUACUUUAAAACUGUACCCUCUAGUUCUAGAUACUCCAAACCUGGAAUAAAGACUCUGGCUGCCUAUCCUACCUGUUCCUUCCUUAAUUUUAUAAACCUCUUUAUGGUCACUCACCAGCCUCCUGUGUACCAGUGAGAAUAAACCCAGCUGGUCCAGUCUCCCCGUACAGUAAGCCAUUCAUCCAUCCCAGCAGCAUCCUCACAAAUCUCUCAGUCAUAGACUUUUACAGCACUACAGCAAAGAAACAGGCCCUUCAGCCCGUCUAGUCCAAGCUGAACUAUUAUUCUGCCUUGUCCCGUCGACCCGCACCUGCACCAUUGUUUACUGCACUUUCUGUAUUGCUUCCACAUUGUUUCUGUACACAACACUUUAAAUGCUGUCUAAUUAAUGUUUUGUAGAGCUGCAACAUAAUAUCCCAACUCUAAUGUUCAGUGCCUUGACUUAUGAAGGCAAACAUACCAAAUGCCUUCUUCUCUUCCCUAUUCAUCUUCCAGUGAGCUGUGGGCUUGCACCAUAAGAUCUCCCUGUUUAUUAACACUCCUAAGGUCCCUGUCAUUUAGUUUAGAUGCUUCUGCCAGAAAUUUAUGUCCCAGAGGCAUACACACACUUGUCUGUAUCAAAUUCUGUUUGCCUCUGCUGUGCCCCUUUGCCCAUCUUUCCAGCUGAUUGAUGUCAUACUGUAUCUUUGGACAGCCUUCUUAUCUAUGACUCCACUAACGUUCAUGUCAACUGCAAACUUACUAAUUAGACCACGUUCAUCUGGACCUGAGUCAUAUAUGUCUAUAACAACAAAGGUUUCAGCUCCGAUCUUAAUGUUACGCCAAAUGUUAUAGACUCGCUGUCAGAAAAUAGCACAUCUACAACCACACCCUUCCUCUUAUCGGAAGUAGCUUUAGAUCCAAGUUUGUCAACAUGCCCCAGAUCCCUUGUGUCUUAAACUUCUGGACAACUUACCCCGCGGGCCAUAUUCAAAUGCCUGCUGUGCUCUCUUCAACAAAUUUCAUAGCUACCUCCUAAAAAACACUUGAUCAGAUUUGUGAAUCUUGACCUCUCAUCACAAAACCUUGUUGACAGCUAAUGACUCCUUGCCUUUCUAAGUGAGCAUAAAUCCUGAACUAACUUGCCUAUCAGUGAUGAAAGGCUUACUGGCUUGUAGCUUCCAAGCUUAUCCCUAAUGCUUUUUUUCUAACUACAGCUGAUAAAGUUGCAAAUAUUUCCAUCAGUUCCUCAGCAAUCUCCUCCCUUGAUCUGCUUAGCAUCCUUGGAUAGGUCCUCUCAAGCUGUGGGGAUUCAUUCACCCUCGUGUGCACCGGUACUUUUAGCAGUUCCUCUUUUCUGAUGACAUGCUCAGAAUAUCAAUGCACCACUCUCAUAACCCUCAGCCUCCACAUCUACCUUCCUGGUAAAUACAGAUAGAAAGUAUUCAUCUACGACCUCACUCAUGUCCUCUGGUUCCAUACAUAGAUUACCUCUUUGGUCUGUUUGGAGACCCACUCUUUCCUUACCUGCUUUGUUGUUUCUAAUAUACUUAUAAAAGGUUUUAGAAUGUUACUUAAUCCUACUUGCUAAAGUUGUUUUUUGGACCCUUUUUUCCCUCUUAAUUUCUUUCUUAAGUUUACUCCUAUAUCCCUAUGAACCUGAAUGGACCUGAUCAAUACCGAUUUCCUAUACCUAACAAAGGUUCCCUGAUCAAACUUCAAUACUCUUCAUUAACGGAGUUCCCCAACAUUACCAUCUUUGUUUUUUACUCUUACAUGGACAUCUUGUCUCUGAACUCUUGCUUUUAAAUCAUUCCCCUCUGACAGCUGCCCUCAAUCUACAGUACCUGUAUAGGAAAAAUCCCCUCAGUUUAGAGAAGGGAAAAAUCCCCUCAGCUUAUUCUUUUGACUUUCUGCUUAGUGGGAUAAACAGAAACACAGGAUAAUGAUUUCCUACUUUCCAAGGAUAUGUAAUCUAGAUGUUUUAAAUAGCCUUCAACUCAGAUUCUGAGAUUUGUUGAGUUCAGGCAAUUAAAAGAAAGCUCGCUUUAGUUUCAUUUUCACUGAUGCAGUUUCUUGUGAAUCUGAUUUACUCUUUGAGAUAAUCUCAUUCUGACUUUAUUCUACUAAAAUUGUUAAGUUUUACAGUCAGCACUGUAAGUAGUUGCGAGCUGUUGUUAAUGUAACCACAAUAAAGGCAGUCAAAAGGAAUCCUGAUACCAAUCCCACAAAAUUGUAGAUUAGGGGCUCCCAACCUUUUUUAUGCCAUUGAGCAAUACCAUUAAGCAAGGGGACAGUGGACCCCGGGUUGGGAACCCCUGCUAUCAAUGGAAUCUUUGCCCUACUGAUAUCUGUGUGAUCUUAAGAAAGAUGUGAAAAUUCAAAUUAAAAAUCUAAGGCAAUUUAAGGAGAAAGAUUGUGAAACUUCACUUCAGAAAACCCACUAGUCCCUAAGGCCAUGCUAGUUUUGUAAUUUUAAGCUGUGUGAGAUGAUCACUUCUGCAGUCAGAAAUAGAUCUCACAUGAUUACGUAUUCAAGCAAUAUUUUAAUAAUUGCCAAAGAUAACAAUCUCUUUCAUCAGACACAAACCAACAUAAUUUUUUUUUAAAAUAGCAGCUUGCCUGUGCACAUCCUGUCCCUUAUUUUCUUUCUUUGUUAAUACUUCAUCCUAAGUGUCUAGUUGUGUCUCCACUCAGAUGGGUAAAUCUUCCUGAUUCUGUUAGGUGGUAUCAGAAGCUGUGAUCCUUCUAUGGAAUAUACAAGAAUAACAUAGUACAAUUGAUGGUGUGAUAAUUGAGCUAAGAUUCAUUCUGAUAAUAUUACAGGUAAGUUUAAAGGAGUAGCAGAUUUGUAUUUAAAAUCACUAGGGGCGAAAAAACAAUAUUUGGGACCAGGGAUUACAUUUGAAGUUAGGAAGCAGUAGAGGUUGUGACCUUGGAUAGUAAAAUAGUUAGUACAAGCUGAAUGGCUGGUUUUUGGAAUAACGCUUCGCCUUCUACAUAGAAGAUCCAGGCCUAAUAUGUUGGGGCAGAAUAGAUAGUUGGAAGGUUAAAAAAAGGCUCAGAAUGUCACAUUGGAAUGAAAAGAAAAUUUUGUAUAAGGCGUGUUCUGGUACACCUAGCAAUAAUGCUAAAGCGCAAAUCAUAAACACGAGAAAGUUAAACACGAGAUGUUAAAGGGCAUCUUGUUGCUGGAAAAAAGAGGAAAUUUAAAGCUAAUUGGCUGACCCAAUUUGAGUGGCUGACACAGCAAUUUAAAAUGUAACUUAUAUUAAGGAGUAAAUUAAUUUAACAUAAUUCUGUUUUCAUUUCCAAAAUCACCUAAGCAUAUGAGACAUUCAUUAUGCAACACUACAAGAUCUGAUAGCUAAGGGAGCCUUGUGGUUUUGGCACUAGGCCAGCAACACAAAUUCCCAGAAGUGAAAGACUCUCUGUAAUAUGUUGAAUGGAAUUGAAUGAAUCUGUUAAUAAAUGGAUAGGCACUAUAAAAGAAGAAAACAGCUGUAACUCUUGUUAAAAAAUCAGUUCAGUGGUGGAAACCUGUUUGGAAUGCCAAUAAAUGCUGUUUUCCAAAAACAUUAGUAGACUAAAAUGUAUUAUCAUUUCUUGAAAAUAUACUAGCCUAAUAGAUAUGAAAUUUCAUGAGGAUUUCUGCUGCAAGUAAUGUCAUAGGUCAUGUUUUCAUGGAAAAGUCAUUUUAUACAAUAGUUCUGCUAUAAAUGAACUUGUUUUGUAUAUUAUCUUCAUAGUGAAAUCAUUUCAAAGAAGCCUUUCAGAUUUUGCUGUCCUGUUUCCAAUGACAGUGCAUUUUAUUUGUGUGUGGUCAUGGGAAUCUGUGCUACAUAUCUGUGAUAGGUUACUUGCAGAAUAGGUCUGUGCAACACAACAUGCCAUACCAAGAGCCCAUUUGCUGACUUAUCAUGUGGGGUUUUCAACACCUUUGACAAAUUGUCAUCACAGCCAGAACUCUUAAAAGAGCAGCAGGUAUGUUGUCUGGCAGAAUAGGGAGGGGGCUUUAGUUGCAGCCAGGAAGAAGAGCAAUUCAUCCUGUGAAUGUCAUGCUCCUGUCCCUGGGGGUUAGCAGAUACAGCAUGGACCAAAAUCACAGGGAUGUUGACCUACCUGGGUCAAUAUUCUGGGUCUGAUUCUAGAUUCAGGUUUAUAUCUGGUAGGUGAAAUGUACAGAUGGAUAUACAUCUGAUACAGUACACUACAUUCAUAACACUUGUGGGCAGAGGUCUCUUGCUGAAUGCCACUCUGUACAGUAUUGAUGAACACAGAUUUGUCUCCAUAUAACAUGGGUAUAGCACUGGUGGACAAAUCUUUGUAACUGAAUAAUACUGGGACAACAAACAGUGAGCACAGUCUGUCAAUGUAUACAGAUCAUAUACUAGUUGUCACAGGUCUGUUAUUGUAUAACAUAGGGAUAGUACUAAUCUAAUCAACUGAUCAGGUACUAAUCUGACAUCAUUUAACAUUGAGGUACAGUACUGGUAAGCACAGGUCUGUCACUAAUAAUAUGGAUAUAGCACUGGGGAUAGUUCUGUGUGUAGGAUUUGGGUAAAGCAGUGUUCAGGCAAGGAUCUGUCAGUGUGCAACUGUUGUCAAUUCUCACUGGCAUUAUACAAUGUUUUGUAAAGCUGGGGCAGGCACUGAGGACUGUAAGAGUUUACAUUACCCACCCAUUGGCUGCUCCACUCCAGGUUUUGUGAGAGGCAGACAUGUGUACAUGAAAUGAUAUAUGCUGGUUAUUCAGGGAGGAAGAAACCUCCUUCCUAUUCUUAAGAAAUGUGUGAUGUUUGACUUCAGGAAGAUGUCAGUACUUAGAUUUGUAAGCCAAAACACUAUGUUUUGUGCAUUUUUCUUUAUUAAUUGGGCAAAAUCAAAUGCAUUUUUCAUGAGCAUCCCUUGGAAGUGGUUGGACUGUAAAUCUGAUCCCUUCCACAAAAGGAAUUGUAUUUUACUGAUGCAGAUUAUGAAUUAAUUUUUCUCCAUUAAUAUUUGUUGUGUCUGUAGUACUCAAAUGUAUACAGAAAUCUGUUUAUAGUUCAAUUUCACAAUAAAGU